AAACGUUGAACAGAUCAGAUCGCAAUUUUGAAUAUUUUAAAGACACCAUUCAAAAGCGAAUUUUUUUUAUCCACUCCUUUGUUGUAGAAAAGUGUGAAAAAUCCGGGGAGAAGUUACUUGAAAGAGCAAUUAACAAAGACAUCAGAUAGAUAUGGCCAAGAUUCCAGCGGUUGGUAUUGACCUGGGCACGACGUACUCCUGCGUUGGUGUGUUCCAGCAUGGCAAGGUGGAUAUUAUUGCCAACGAUCAGGGUAACCGAACCACGCCGUCCUAUGUGGCCUUCACCGAUACCGAGCGUUUGAUCGGCGAUGCCGCCAAGAACCAAGUGGCCAUGAACCCGAAUAAUACUAUUUUUGAUGCCAAACGUUUGAUUGGUCGCAAGUUUGACGAUGCAACCGUACAGGCUGACAUGAAGCAUUGGCCGUUCGAGGUGAUCAGCGAUGGUGGCAAGCCGAAGCUGCAGGUCGAAUACAAAGGUGAAAAGAAGAGCUUCUUUCCCGAGGAAGUCUCAUCGAUGGUGUUGGUCAAGAUGAAGGAAACCGCCGAGGCAUACCUGGGAAUCAAGAUUGCCAACGCUGUCAUCACCGUGCCGGCUUACUUCAACGAUUCGCAGCGUCAGGCUACGAAGGAUGCUGGAGCAAUUUCCGGGCUGAACGUGUUACGUAUCAUCAACGAACCGACGGCGGCUGCGAUCGCAUACGGUUUGGACAAGAAAGGAUCCGGUGAAAGGAAUGUUCUGAUCUUUGAUCUGGGUGGCGGUACCUUUGAUGUGUCAGUUCUGACCAUCGAGGAUGGCAUUUUCGAGGUGAAGUCUACGGCUGGUGAUACCCAUUUGGGUGGCGAAGAUUUCGACAAUAGAAUGGUGAGCCAUUUUGUGGAGGAAUUCAAGAGGAAGCAUAAAAAGGACUUCUCAAGCAACAAGCGUGCAUUGAGACGCCUGCGUACGGCUUGUGAGCGAGCAAAGCGUACUUUGUCUGCUUCCACCCAGGCUAGCAUUGAAAUUGACUCACUGUAUGAGGGUAUUGAUUUCUAUACUUCGAUGACCCGAGCCCGUUUCGAAGAAUUGAACUCUGAUCUGUUCCGUGAUACAAUGGAACCGGUAGCCAAGGCUCUGCGUGAUGCCAAGAUGGACAAGAGCAGCAUUAACGAUAUUGUCCUAGUUGGUGGCUCAACUCGUAUCCCCAAGGUGCAGAAACUGCUGCAGGACUUUUUCAACGGUAAGGAAUUGAACAAGUCUAUCAACCCGGAUGAAGCUGUUGCUUACGGCGCAGCGGUUCAGGCUGCCAUCCUACAGGGUGAUACAUCGGAAGCUGUUCAGGACUUGCUGCUUCUGGACGUCACUCCAUUGUCUCUUGGUAUUGAGACUGCUGGAGGUGUAAUGACCGUGCUGAUCAAACGUAACACCACCAUUCCAACCAAGCAAACUCAGACCUUUACUACAUACUCGGAUAACCAGCCGGGUGUAUUGAUUCAGGUCUAUGAAGGCGAACGUGCUAUGACCAAGGACAACAACUUGUUGGGCAAGUUCGAGCUUAGUGGAAUUCCUCCAGCACCCAGAGGUGUUCCCCAGAUUGAGGUAACGUUCGAUCUCGAUGCCAACGGUAUCAUGAACGUUUCCGCUAUUGAGAAAUCGACAAACAAGGAAAAUCGCAUCACCAUCACAAACGACAAGGGACGUUUAAGCAAGGAGGACAUUGACCGUAUGGUCAACGAAGCCGAGAAGUUCCGUAAUGAAGAUGAUAAGCAAAAGGAGAAGAUUAGUGCCAAGAAUUCUCUGGAGUCGUACUGCUUCAACAUGAAGUCUACGAUGGAAGAUGCAAACAUCAAGGACAAAAUUCCUGAAUCAGAUAAGACCAUGAUUACCGACAAGUGCAAUGAUACCAUUGCUUGGCUGGAUGCUAAUCAGACUGCUGAGAAAGAAGAGUUUGAACACAAACAGAAGGAACUGGAAGCUGUGUGCAAUCCGAUCAUUCAGAAGCUGUACCAGAGUGCUGGUGGUAUGCCAGGAGGUAUGCCAGGAGGUAUGCCCGGAGGUACGCGAGGUGCUGGUGGACCUCCACCGACCGGAGGGGCUGGACCAACCAUUGAGGAAGUCGACUAAACUUUUCUUUUAAAAGGAGGAAAUUCUUU